AUGGCCCCCGCCCCAGGACCAGAGCCUCUGGAGGAGGACAGCGGGGACGGGAGGCCCAAGUGGGACAACAAGUUCCAGUACCUCCUGAGCUGCAUCGGCUUUGCCGUGGGGCUGGGGAACAUAUGGAGGUUCCCAUAUCUGUGCCAGACCUACGGGGGAGGUGCCUUCCUCAUUCCCUACUUUAUCACCCUGGUCUUUGAGGGGAUCCCGCUCUUCCAAAUCGAGCUCGCCAUCGGCCAACGCCUGCGCCAGGGCAGCGUCGGGGUGUGGACGACCAUCUCCCCUUACCUUGGCGGAGUAGGCCUGGGCUGCUUCACCGUGUCCUUCCUAGUCAGCCUGUACUACAACACCAUCCUGACCUGGGUGUUCUGGUACUUCCUCAACUCCUUCCAAUACCCGCUGCCCUGGAGCACCUGUCCCGUGGACCUCAAUCGAACAGGCUUCGUGAAGGAGUGUCAGGACAGCGGUGUGGUCAGCUACUUUUGGUACCGGCAGACGCUGAACGUCACGGCGGACAUCAAUGACAGCGGUGCUGUGCAUUGGCCAUUGCUGGUCUGCCUGGCCACCUGCUGGGUGAUUGUGUACCUGUGUGUCAGCAGAGGCAUUGAGUCCUCCGGAAAGGUAAUUUAUUUCACAGCCCUGUUCCCGUACCUGGUCCUGACCAUCUUCCUCAUCCGAGGACUGACUCUGCCAGGGGCGAUGGACGGACUCCGCUACUUGUUCACCCCCAAGAUGCAGAUUCUCCAGAACCCGCGGGUGUGGCUGGAUGCAGCCACCCAGAUAUUCUUCUCUCUGUCCCUGGCCUUUGGAGGACACAUCGCGUUUGCAAGUUACAACCCUCCCAGGAACGAUUGUGAGAAGGACGCCGUGACCAUCGCCCUGGUCAACAGCAUGACCUCCCUCUACGCUUCCAUCGCGGUCUUCUCCGUCAUUGGUUUCAAGGCCACCAAUGACUACGGGCACUGCUUGGACAGGAACAUCCUCACCCUCAUCAACGCCUUUGACCUUCCAGACCAGAGCAUCUCCAGAGAUGACUACCCAGCCGCGCUCACAAAUCUGACCACCACGCAGCCAGCAAAGGUGGCCCAGCUCCACCUGCAGAGCUGCAACCUGGAGGACUUCCUGGACAAGAGUGCCUCGGGCACGGGCUUGGCCUUCAUCGUCUUCACAGAGGCCAUCCUCCACAUGCCUGGGGCGCCCGGCUGGUCUGUGCUAUUCUUUGGCAUGCUGUUCUCCUUGGGCCUGUCCACCAUGUUCGGGAAUAUGGAGGGAGUCAUCACACCGCUGCUAGAUCUUGGGGUCCUGCCCAGAUCGGUCCCCAAGGAGAUUCUGACUGGACUGGCCUGCCUGGUGUGCUUCCUCGUGGCGCUCUGCUUCACUCUGCAAUCGGGCAGCUACUGGCUGGAGAUCUUCGACAACUACGCGGCCUCCCUGAACUUGCUCAUCUUUGCCUUCUGCGAGGUGGUCGGGGUCGUGUACGUGUACGGGCUGCAGCGGUUCUGCGACGACAUUGAGUGGAUGAUUGGGAGGCGGCCAGGCCUCUACUGGCAGGUGACGUGGAAGGUCAUCAGUCCCCUGCUGCUGCUGGCCGUCCUGGUGGCCUACAUUGUUCUCCUGACCCAGAAGCCACCAAGCUACAAGGCCUGGAACCCCCAAUAUGAGCAGUUCCCCUCCAGACAGGAGAAGCUCUACCCUGGCUGGGUGCGGGUCAUCUGCAUGCUGAUGUCCUUCCUGCCCUCCCUGCUGCUCCCGGCUGUCGCACUGGUCCAGCUGAUCAUCCGGCGACGCAGAAAGUGGCAGGACAUGUGCCCACAGCUGCAGGACAGUCAUACAUGCUGA